AUGCCCAUCGCCGGCAAACCCACCCGCGCGCGCACCUCGGCGCCCAAGGCCAAGACAGCCGCCGCGGGGAUCGCAGUCGCCGAUCGCCUGCGGGCAUCGCCACCGCGUCGACGGGGAGAACGGAUCUGCGGCAUUCGAUCGGAGGCAUCGGCAUCGGGGGGGGAUGGGGCUGCCGGGGAUUGGCGGGCUUCGGCGGGCGACGGGGCGCCGGCGUUCUCCGAGGAGGACAGGGCUCAGGUCCGAGCCAGCCUGCUUAGCUGGUACGAUGGCUGCCAUCGGCAGCUUCCAUGGAGGAGGAACCUGCACUCGAAGCUGGAGGGAACCAGAGGGGAAGCUGCUUCUGCCGAUCUGGAUCCACAGGCAUUUGCAUACAUGGUGUGGGUGUCAGAGGUGAUGCUUCAGCAGACUCAGGUGGUCAAUGUGGUGAAGUACUUUAAACGGUGGAUGGAGAAGUGGCCCACACUGGAGGCCCUUGCAGCUGCGUCUCUGGAGGAGGUUAAUGAGCUGUGGGCUGGACUGGGAUACUACCGCCGUGCCGCAUUCCUCCUCAAGGGCGCCAAGCACCUGGUGGACGAACUGGGCGGCGCAUUUCCGGAGACUGCAAAUGAGCUGAAAAGGAUCCCAGGUAUCGGACCCUACACAUCGGCUGCCGUUGCCUCGAUCGCCUUUGGUGAGUGUGCCGCGGCUGUCGAUGGGAAUGUCAUCCGCGUCGUCUCACGACUUCGUGCACUGAGUGGCGAUCCCAAAAAGCUGACGGCCACACAUGCCGUCCUGGCAGGCGAGCUGCUUGACAAACAGCGGCCAGGUGACUUCAAUCAGGCCAUGAUGGAGCUGGGUGCGACGAUCUGCAAGCCCACCAACCCGCUGUGCGACAGCUGCCCCGUCAGCGCACAGUGCAGCGCCCUGGCUCGAGUCCGGAGCCACUUGGCAGGUGGGGGACGCCCAGACAAGCCAAACGCCCCCCGUGUGACCGACUUCCCUAGUGCCACCGAAAAGUUGGCAAAGCGUGAAGAGGUCGUGGCAAUGUGUGUGCUGAAGAUGGUGCCUCGGGAGGGGCAGAGAGGAAGGUACAUGCUACUGAAGAGGCCCGCCAGCGGGCUACUCGCCGGCCUUUGGGAAUUUCCGACCAUCCCCAUCGAAGGAGGAGACACCACAUGCACACACCGGCAGUCCAAAAUGGAUGAGUACCUUCAGGCUGGGUGUGGCACGCCAUUGGGCAAGCCGCCGAAAAAGCUCAAAGUGCUGCGGAGGCACGACGUGGGGACAGCCGUGCACCUGUUUAGUCAUAUUCGGAUGACCAUGCACGUGGAGAUGCUGGUGGUGGAGGGGGGCCAGGAAGCGGCGGAGGCCGCAGAGAAGGCGGGGGUCAGGUGGGUGGCGGAGGGUGAGAUGGGCAGCUUUGGGCUGACCACGAUGGUGAGGAAGGCGUUCAAGUUGGCUGAAGACAGGAAGAGGGAAGGUACUGACAUGAUGCAGUACCUCAAAGGGAACAAGAGACAGGCGAGAUGA